AAUAAUUUUUUAAAAAAAUACAAUUUAUACAUCCAAAUCAUAAAAUAUGGAUCCUGUUUCAGGCAUUCUUGCUAUUUCUUUAUAUAUUGGCGGAUCAACUGGUUAUCUUCUUAAACGAAGCGUUCCAAGUUUUAUUGCUGGAACUGCUUUGGGAACAAUGUAUGGUUGUAGCAGCGUUUUAUUACAAUAUCACCAACUAUCUAGCUAUCAAUUAUCACUUUUUACAUCUUCUUUAUUAACAACAACUUCUAUCAUUCGUCUUUAUAAAUCUGGUAUUAAGCCUGUACCAACUAUAUUAGGACUCUUAGGCUUUUUAACAACAGGUUAUUAUUCAAAAAAACUAUUUUAUUAACUUUUUCUUGAAUAA